UGGGCUAGACCUUGAAAUCCGCUAAAAUGUCGAUUAAGGGCCCAACCCAACCAAUAAAAUGAGAAGAUGGGGGGUUAGAGCAAAGCCUAGCCAAAUCGGUGCAAAUAAACACUCGCAAAAGGCCGAAGCUCGGUACAAGUCAUUGAUAUAUAAAAUGCUUUUCCCGGCUCACGGGAAAAAAAUUCCAUCUGUGAUCUCGCUUUUCCCUCAUUUACGGUUUUUUUUUUUUUUUUUCAAACAAAGCGUCUCGCGCCAGACCCUUUUUUUCACCUUCCGACCGAAACCCUAGUUUCUGGAGAAAGGAAAAAGGAGAGGAGAAGAGAGAGAAAAAAUGCCGAGAGAAAUCAUUACACUGCAGGUGGGACAAUGCGGGAACCAGAUCGGAAUGGAGUUCUGGAAACAGCUCUGUCUCGAACAUGGUAUCAGCAAAGAAGGAAUUCUUGAAGAUUUCGCUACUCAGGGAGGUGACAGGAAAGAUGUCUUUUUCUACCAAGCUGAUGAUCAGCAUUACAUACCACGUGCUUUACUCAUAGAUUUGGAACCUAGAGUAAUUAACGGAAUUCAAAAUAGUGAAUAUCGGAAUCUCUACAAUCACGAAAACAUCUUUGUUUCUGAUCAUGGUGGAGGUGCUGGAAACAACUGGGCCAGCGGAUACCAUCAGGGAAAAGGUGUUGAAGAGGAUAUAAUGGACAUGAUUGACAGAGAAGCUGACGGAAGUGAUAGUCUUGAGGGUUUUGUUCUAUGUCAUUCAAUUGCUGGAGGGACAGGCUCAGGUAUGGGUUCCUAUCUAUUGGAGGCUCUGAAUGAUCGCUACAGCAAGAAGCUGGUCCAGACAUAUAGCGUAUUUCCUAACCAGAUGGAGACAAGUGAUGUGGUGGUCCAACCCUACAACUCUCUUUUGACACUCAAGCGACUAACACUAAAUGCUGAUUGUGUUGUUGUUCUCGACAACACUGCACUUAAUAGAAUUGCUGUGGACCGUUUACAUCUUACAAAUCCUACAUUUGCUCAAACAAACUCGUUGGUCUCCACUGUGAUGUCUGCUAGCACAACUACAUUGCGGUAUCCAGGGUACAUGAACAAUGAUUUGGUUGGUCUUCUUGCCUCUUUAAUUCCUACACCAAGAUGUCAUUUUCUUAUGACAGGUUAUACACCACUUACAGUGGAGCGCCAGGCUAAUGUGAUCCGCAAAACUACUGUCCUAGAUGUUAUGAGAAGACUUCUCCAGACAAAAAAUAUUAUGGUUUCCUCUUAUGCACGCACAAAAGAAGCUAGUCAAGCAAAGUAUAUCUCAAUACUGAAUAUCAUUCAGGGAGAAGUAGAUCCUACUCAGGUGCAUGAAAGCCUACAGAGGAUUCGUGAAAGGAAGCUAGUAAAUUUUAUUGAGUGGGGCCCUGCAAGUAUUCAGGUUGCUCUUUCUAGAAAGUCACCUUAUGUCCAGACUGCUCAUCGGGUGAGUGGUCUUAUGCUAGCGAGUCAUACCAGUAUCCGGCACCUCUUCAGCAAAUGUUUGAGCCAGUAUGAGAAGUUGAGAAAGAAGCAAGCAUUUCUUGACAAUUAUCGGAAGUUCCCAAUGUUUGCUGACAAUGAUCUUUCAGAGUUUGAUGAAUCAAGGGAUAUUAUAGAAAGUUUGGUUGAUGAAUACAAGGCUUGUGAGUCACCAGAUUACAUCAAAUGGGGAAUGGAGGAUCCUGACCACAGUUUAACUGGAGAAGGAAAUGCCUCAGGAACACUGGAUCCCAAAUUGGCUGUGUGAAUGAAAUAAGUAAACAACAAUUGUGUUUUCUCUUGGGAUACCACACUAAUAUUAGGAGCAUUCUGAAGAGUGGAUUGUACAUUAAAAACCAAAUCCAUAUGCAUCUCCAUAUUUGAGUUUUUUUUUUUUUUUCUUUUGUGUUUAACUGGAAAAAAAAAAGAAUUGUUUUUGUUUUGUGGAUUAUUGAAUCAUGGCUUGUAUUUUGGUAAUUGUCUUGAGGGUUUUGAUCUAACCAAUUUGGGGAUUUUAUAUUUUUAUUCAUUCUACCUAGAAAUAUACUUAUGAGGUUGGAAUUGGAGAGUGCAGCAAGAUUGCCAGAUCUGUUAGGUGGUGUGUGGUAGUUCAAAAGAUUUAUCCUCAUCAGUUUAUGAAGCUAAAGAUUUUCUAGGCA